GGCGGGACCUCAGCCACUUUCUUCCCUCCCUUAGUGUAACAAUCAAAAGCUUGGGUGAGGACAAACAGACCGCAGUGGGUCCAGCCCUUACGAAACUCGUCCCAGUGAGCCAGCAAGGGGAGCUUCACUGCGGGAUUUCUCCAAUCUAUGCCCCGCGGGGGACUUGGAGGCCUGAGAGCCCGUGGAUCCCGUAGGUCACUGAAAACACCAGGGACCGUCGCCCAUCAUGCACUCAGAGACUGCUCCAAGGUUCUUGGCGCUCCUGCUGCCUAUCCUGUUGCUGCUCCUGGCUGCCCCGCCUGUGGUUAGCAAGGGCUGUGUCUGCGAAGGCAAAGGAAAAUGCCUCUGUGGGGGAACCAAAGGGGAGAAGGGGGAGAUCGGCUUUCCUGGGCCCCCUGGAUUUCCUGGCCAAAAAGGAUUUCCAGGUCCUGAAGGCUUGCCUGGACCACAGGGACCCAAGGGCUCCCCAGGACUUCCAGGACUCACUGGCCCCAAAGGCAUCAGGGGAAUAACUGGAUUACCAGGGUUUGCAGGUCCUCCUGGACUUCCAGGCAUCCCAGGCCACCCCGGGCCUCCUGGGCUGGCUGGUUUACCAGGAUGCAAUGGCUCUAAGGGUGAACAAGGAUUCCCAGGCAUUCCUGGCACACCAGGCUAUGCAGGGCUCCCAGGUCCUGAUGGCUUAAAAGGACAAAAGGGCGAGCCUGCUCAAGGAGAAGACGGGGAAUUCAAUGGAAAAGGUGACCCUGGGCCUCCGGGGGCUCCAGGCUUCCAGGGUUUACCAGGACCCCCAGGUUUCCCAGGGCCUGCCGGCCCACCAGGGCCCCCAGGAUUUUUUGGUUUCCCAGGAGUGAUGGGACCCAGAGGACCCAAAGGUCGCAUGGGCGAUAGCACGAUAGGACAAGAAGGAGAAAAGGGUAUGAAAGGAUUAACAGGACCUCCUGGGCUGCCAGGACCAGUGAUCUUUACACUCAUACACCCAUACAGAAAAUCGGACUUCCAGGGACAGAAAGGCGAUGAGGGAGAGAGGGGUGAACCUGGACCUCCUGGACCCUCGGGACCACCUGGAGACUCCUAUGGAUCAGAAAAGGGUGCUCCUGGAGAGCCUGGUCCUCGGGGAAAACCUGGAAAAGACGGUGCUCCCGGCUUCCCUGGCACUGAGGGAGCAAAGGGAACCAGAGGCUUUCCUGGGUUGAGGGGUGAAGCCGGCAUUAAGGGAUGGAAAGGAGACAUUGGCCCCCCAGGAUUUCCUGGUCCAACAGAAGAAUGUUAUGAUGCACAUCUGGAAAAGGGAGAUAAAGGAAAGCCGGGCCCGCCUGGGCCCAAAGGAGCCCGUGGCCCACGGGGUCCCAGUGGUCCCCCUGGAGUUCCUGGAAGUCCUGGACCGUCAAGGCCUGGCCUCAGAGGACCUGCCGGAUGGCCAGGCUUGAAAGGGAGUAAAGGGGAGAGGGGACCCCCUGGGAUAGACACCGUGGGCCCUCCUGGAUCCCUGGGAUGUCCUGGAUCACCAGGUCCACCAGGCCCACCAGGACCUCCAGGACGUCCAGGUGACACUGUUUUUCAGCCGGGUCCACCUGGUGACCGUGGAGCGCCAGGCGAUACAGGACCUCCAGGAGUUCCAGGAGUCGAUGGACCCAAAGGAGAACCAGGCCAACCAUGUACCAAGUGUCCCUCCAUCCCAGGCCCCCCCGGAGUCCCAGGAGUUCCAGGAUUAGAUGGUGUCAAAGGAAUCCCAGGAGGACGAGGUGCGCCUGGUGUGAAGGGAAACCCAGGGUCCCCAGGAAAUGCAGGUCUCCCAGGAUUUGCAGGAUUCCCAGGCGACCAAGGGCAUCCAGGACUUAAAGGGGAAAAAGGGGACACGCCUCUACCCUGGGGACAAGUGGGCGAUCCAGGUGAUCCUGGACACAGAGGCCUGCCAGGGAGAAAGGGCUUCGAUGGAAGUCCUGGAGGUCCAGGAGCAAAAGGGCCACAAGGACCUAGGGGCGAACCGGCUCUGAGUGGAAGAAAAGGGGACCAGGGACCUCCAGGAGCUCCUGGAUCCCCUGGACCCCCAGGACCUGCAGGACCAGCUGGACCACCGGGCUAUGGACCCCAAGGAGAGCCAGGUCCAAAGGGAGCCCAAGGAGUCCCUGGAGCCCUGGGACCACCCGGAGAAGCCGGUCUUAAAGGAGAAUCCAGUGCAUCGAUACCAGUUCUAGGUCCCCCAGGCCCGCCAGGGCCCCCUGGUCAGGCUGGCCCCAGAGGUCUACCUGGUUUGCCUGGACCUGUGGGAACAUGUGAUCCUGGUCAUCCUGGACCUGAUGGUGAACCAGGAAUCCCAGAAGUUGGAUUCCCAGGGGCCAGAGGACCUAAGGGAGAUCAAGGUUUCCCAGGAACAAUAGGAUUACCUGGUUAUCCUGGGGAAAUGGGAAGACCUGGCUAUCCCGGGGAGAUGGGCGUCCCAGGAGCCAAGGGAGAACCAUCAGUAGGCAGGCCUGGGGAACCAGGAAAACCAGGCUUUCCAGGAGAAAGAGGCAAUUCUGGGGAAAAUGGAGAUAUUGGACUCCCUGGACUUCCAGGCCCCCCUGGAACUCCAGGAAAAGACGGAUUUGACGGGCCUCCAGGAGACCCAGGGCAGUCUGGACCUCCAGGAGCAAAAGGACCCCCAGGGAGGUGCAUACCAGGACCCAGGGGCACCCAAGGACUUCCAGGUUUAAAUGGAUUGAAAGGACAACCAGGUAGAAGAGGUGAUACCGGGCCAAAAGGAGACCCUGGCAUCCCAGGGAUGGACAGAUCUGGAGUCCCUGGAGAGCGAGGACCACCAGGAACACCAGGUCUUCCGGGUGAGAUGGGACCACCAGGCCAAAAAGGAUAUCCAGGAGCUCCAGGAUUCCCAGGGUUACCAGGAGAGAAAGGAGAGGUCGGAAUGAUGGGCUAUCCUGGAACCACUGGCCUUCCGGGGCUUCCUGGGAAACCAGGCUCACAGGGGCCGAGGGGUAACCUCGGAAUCCCAGGAGUAAAAGGGGAAAGAGGACGCCCGGGAGUCAAAGGCGAACGAGGCGAGAAGGGGCAACCUGGGACUCCCCUUGCAUCACACUUAAAGGGGGACAAAGGAGAGCCUGGACUUAAAGGGUUUGUAGGAAAUCCAGGUGAAAAGGGAAACAGAGGCAAUCCAGGGUUAUCAGGUCCCAAAGGCCUCGAGGGAUUGCCUGGGCUACCAGGACCUCCAGGCCGUAGAGGAGAUACGGGGAGCAGUGGGGAUCCUGGAAGACCAGGACCACAAGGCAUGCCAGGAAACAUGGGGAACAUAGGAGUGCCAGGCCCUAAAGGGAGAAAAGGAACUUCAGGAUUUCCCGGUGUAGCUGGAAGACCAGGCCUGCCAGGGAUCCCUGGUCCCCAGGGAGAUAAGGGGGAGCCAGGUUAUUCAGAAGGUGCAAGCCCAGGACCACCAGGACCGAAGGGUGAUCCAGGAUUGCCAGGUGACAAAGGGAAGAAAGGAGAGAGAGGACUACCUGGGCCACCCGGACAUUCGGGGCCUGCUGGACCUGACGGAGCCCCUGGGAGUCCUGGGAGUCCUGGCCACCCAGGAAGACCAGGACCUGAUGGUGAUUCCGGUCUUAAAGGACAGAAAGGUUUUCCCGGCCCUCCAGGAAGCACUGGCCCUCCAGGCCCUCCAGGACUCCCAGGACUUCCUGGACCAAUGGGUAUGAGAGGCGACCAAGGACGAGAUGGAAUUCCUGGUCCUCCUGGAGAAAAAGGAGAAACAGGCUUGCUGGGGGCCCAUCCAGGCCAAAAAGGGAGCCCUGGUGUACCAGGUGUCAAAGGAGACAGGGGAGUUCCAGGCUUGUCUGGCCUUCCUGGCAGGAAGGGGACCAUGGGGGAUGUUGGACCUCAAGGACCCCCAGGCACCACUGGACUCCCAGGUCCACCAGGUCUGCCUGGGACCAUUGUCCCUGGCCCGAAAGGAAACAGAGGUCUCCCCGGCUUAAGAGGAAAUCCAGGUGAGCCAGGACCCCCUGGACCUCCAGGACCCGUCGGAGAAGGCAUAAAGGGUGACAAAGGAUUUAUGGGCCUCCCUGGCCCCAGAGGUCUGCCUGGAAUGGUAGGGGACACGGGUCCACCAGGUCACCCGGGAGCACCAGGCAUCCCCGGUCUUCCCGGUGUCAGAGGUGAUCCAGGAUUCCCCGGGUUUCCAGGUGUAAAAGGAGAGAAGGGUAAUCCCGGAUUUCUUGGGUCAAUUGGACAUCCAGGACCAGUUGGGCCAAAAGGACCACCAGGUCCACAAGGAAAACCUGGCACACUUAAGGUCAUCUCCCUUCCAGGAAGCCCAGGGCCUCCUGGUGCACCUGGACAGCCAGGACUGAAAGGAGAUCCUGGACCCCUGGGACCCCCAGGAAUUCCAGGACCCUGUGGGCCAAGAGGUCAACCAGGCAAGGACGGAAAACCAGGAGCUCCAGGACCACCGGGUGUAAAGGGCAGCAAGGGCUCGAAAGGAGAACAAGGCCCACCUGGUCUGGAUGGAUUGCCAGGUUUAAAGGGAAAAUCUGGAGACAGAGGGACACCUGCCAACGGGACAAGAAUGCAAGGCUUCAUCUUCACUCGACACAGUCAAACCACUGCCAAUCCUUCGUGCCCUGAAGGAACACAGUCACUCUACAGUGGAUUUUCCCUUCUUUUUGUACAAGGAAAUGAGCACGCCCAUGGACAAGACCUUGGUACUCUGGGCAGCUGCCUACAGCGAUUCACCACAAUGCCAUUCUUAUUCUGUAACAUCGAUAACGUGUGUAACUUUGCAUCACGAAAUGACUACUCAUACUGGCUGUCGACACCAGCCCCGAUGCCCAUGGACAUGGCCCCAAUUACUGGCAGAGCUCUCGAACCCUACGUUAGCAGAUGCACCGUCUGCGAAGGUCCUGCAAUGGCUAUAGCUGUUCACAGUCAAACUACUGCUAUCCCCCCAUGUCCCCAGGGCUGGGUUUCUCUCUGGAAAGGUUUUUCCUUCGUUAUGUUUACAAGCGCAGGCUCUGAGGGUGCUGGACAAGCACUUGCCUCGCCCGGCUCCUGCCUGGAAGAAUUCCGAGCCAGUCCGUUUAUAGAAUGCCAUGGACGAGGGACCUGCAACUACUACUCAAACUCCUACAGCUUCUGGCUGGCUUCACUAAAUCCAGAAAGAAUGUUCAGAAAACCUAUUCCAUCAACUGUGAAAGCUGGAGACUUGGAGAAAAUCAUAAGCCGCUGUCAGGUGUGCAUGAAGAAAAGACACUGAUGAAAUCUUUUGCUCCUUCUUAAGUAUCAAAGUCAUGACUUACAACGUGCAUUUAUUUAGGUCUUUCUCUCUAACCUUAAAGGCGUAGUAGUGCAAAGUUUCACCACACAAGAAAGCAUUUCAUUCAAGUUAGUCUGUGGUGUGGGCAACGCUUUCCACAGAAUACCACUGAAAUCCCAUCCCAGCUGUGUCCAACGUACUGACUAAAUGAUGAUUGUGUGAGGCUUGAACUACAAGCUGAAAGAGAUCUGGUCCUGUGGAUCCGCAAUGUGUUCCUUGCCUCCCACUCCUGAGAGAAGGAGUGUGUUUCCUUCCACCUCCUUCCUGAGACCUCAGACUUCAGCUAGAGAAGGAGAUGGGGGCGUACGGAAAUCAAGCACCCCGUGAAAAGAACUGGAGGGUCAGAGCUGUUAAGUGGUUAUGAGGGCUAAAAAACACAGGAUAAAGGUGCCAGGACUCAUUUAAAUAUGCCCAAAGCUAGGACCAAAGGAAACUUCCCAGAGGGAAUCAUAACAUGCGUAGAUAUAUGGUUUCGUUCUAUGUUUUGUUGACUGUGUCCAUUUGCUUCUUCACUGAGCUCUUUUUAUUAUGUCAGUAGGCUCAAAACGGGUAAAAUGUUUACCCUUAGGGAACUAAUCUUUACUAGGAUGACAUACACAUCCAUCGAAACAUUUCUCUUUAUUAUUUUCAAUGUACUUACAAGUAACAAGGACACCACUUAACAAAUGUGCACUUUAUCCCCACUCCUAUAAACACUGACCUUAAAUAAUUUCACCAGGAAAUAAUGGAAGGUACUUGCUGGUUUAUCAGACCCAAACCAUUCGUGGGUUUACAGAUUUGUUCCUUUGUUAGUUUUUUAACUUCUCCUUUAGAAAACACACACGUACCCCCCCCCUGCUUUUAAUGUUAUAUAUUCCUAACAACCAUAUGGAGAGAAACCACUGGGUAAAAACCUUACCGUACUGUACACAGCUGCUCUAUGUCUUAAAACAUGGUCUUAAGUAUAUAGAUACAUUCCAAAGUUACUUAAUUCAGCUUAACAAGUUAUUUUCUUCAGUACCAAACUGUGUCCCAUAUAUUGUACUGGGGUUGAGGGUGUGUGCAGCGGGUAGUGAGAGAGACUUGCUUCUGAUCUAACCUCAAGGGCAACAAACUUUGUUUGUAAAGACUGUCACAUGUGCAAGACACCCAUCCCCAACCUCUUCCCGGUCUUCCCACACCCAAACCAAAGAGUCUCAUAUAUGGGUGUGGCUCUCCUGGUUUGGUUUUUCCUUUACCACUGUCUCUGUGUUUCAUCACAAUUCAGCAGGCCUAAGAGAAGGUUUAAAAGUACCUGUUGCUCUUUAAGCAGCCCCUGGUUCAGUUCCCAGUACCCACACUGGUACUGGUUCACGGUCUCCUGCUCCAGAUGAUCCGACAUCCACUUCUGGCCUCUGCACCCGCACUCAGCCAGAUACACAAAAGUUUUAAAAUUUUUAAAAUAAGAUCUACACCCAGGCUAAGUUCAAGACUUCUAACUUCUCUUCGGCACCCCAGAAGCCGAUGUCUGGAAACUAUUAAGAAAUCAGGACUAUUUUAAAAUCAAACAGUGUGGUACUAUUCAAUGACUCAGAGGGUCCAGGCACUGUGAGGCAAAGCUUUGAGUAUAUCUCUCUAUCCACUGAAGUGGACGUGAUGGUGCUGAUACUUAAGUCCAGGCCGGUGCUGUAAACUCAACUGCUUUGUAUUGGAAUGUGUGGCCCAAGAGCACAGACAAAGGUGGUCACGCUUCGCCACUCCUGUGACUGCGACGAGACAUUCUCACACCUCAGCUGAGAUGAGUAGCAUCUCAUUACAAGGAUGUGUUUCGGCUAACAUUGAAAAAUAUCCAACUGUCCCAGAUACAUUCCAGUAGUGAAAACAAGGGAUUGAUCUCCUUGGCCAGUGGGAUCAGGAGUAGGAGCGGCAGCCGCGGCAUCCAAGAGCUUGUCAUAAACGCCCGUUUGAGAGCAUUCUAAACCUGCAAAAUUAGAAACCGCAAUUAGAAAACAGAUAUCUGUGUUUUGUUUCGAUGAGAAGCAUCUCACUGUAUAGCCCAGGCUGACCCCCAAAUCACCACAAUUUUCUGCCUCAGACAUCCAGAAUUUUGUUUUAAAUGUUUUCCUCAUCCUCUGGUGUUCUCCACUCACUAGGCACACAUCCAAGAAACUGGCCACAAUCCUUUCACCUUUGCCUCUUAAAAACUCACCGGUGGCUGUCAGGGUAAUCUGUUUCACCACCAGACUGGUGCUAAUGUCAAACACCUGCCCUUCAUUUGGCCAUAGGCCUUGUUCUUCUCCCGUCCUCAUAUCAGGAUCUAAGACAGGUAAUACUGAACACCUUAAUGUCCAAAGAAGCCAUUACCAACAAUCAGUCAUCUACUUCUAGGGAUGACCAACAAAAUGCAGCCCAUGCAUAUUACUUCCCAGAUGUUUAUGAGUAAAUUAUAAGUCUAAAAUUCAACUUCGUAUGUGACUGGAAAAAUGGUUCAGUAGUCAAGAAUGCUGGCUUCUCUGCAGAGGACCCAAGGACAGUUCCCAAUACCCAGGUCAGGCAGCUCAGGACUGCUCAAAGGGAUCCAACUGGCCUCCAAGGACACCCACACAUAGGUGGCAUUCGCUAGCUCAGGCUCUGCCACAUGAAUAAAAAUAGAUCUUUAAACAUCUUUAACUGAUUUACAAAACAUUUCUUUCAAAUUUGGUGCUUCAGCUUUGGAAUUUCACAGUGUGCUAAAACAACCAACUUGUCAAUUGUCCUCUUUGGCGAGAUAAAACGUUAUUAAUUUAUUUAUAAAAGUAUUAAAAAUGUUUAAAUUUGAAUUUUAUUGCUGAUUUUACAAAGGUUUUCUAUAUUUCAAAUGUAACUUACUACCACUAAACUUAAUUUAAUAUUUUUCUCUAUAACCACUUGAAAUUUAUUUAAAAUAUAUCGAAUAUUUUAUACAGUAAUAUCUUGACAAAAUUAUGAUAUAUUAUAAUGUACUAAUAUUUCUGUAAAUAUAACUAAAGUUCUAUUGUUUUGCCAAAAUAAAAUAAAAGGAAAAACUCUAC